ACAGGAUAUACGCUUCGGGAACUCGCAAUCUAGUCUACUUGGGCGAGACGAACUACGACGAGGCAUAUGAAAGCGUUGAAGCGAUCCUGAAAGACGCCGAGGACACGGAAAAGUCACUCGCGCGAGUAUGGCACGAGGCGGGAUGUUUUGACUUCACAGGCGAGGGCAUCCGCUGCGGCUUCAACGCUGAAGCCUUACUGGGUCUGUACUCGAAUGAGUGGUUCAGAGCCGACUUUGGGUUCUGCAGGAGGCUGCCUUGGCGUGUGAGAACGUGUGCAUCAGUGGCUCAACAGUUUCAAUACCACUCUUGAAGCUUACAAGAGCGGCUUCGUGGCUGCAGCACCAUAGCGUCCACAUUCCGACACCCCUCUACAUGGCGUGCCUUCAUGCUAGGCUGCUCAACGAUUGCAUCGACCAACAGUACGGAUACUAUAGCCACUUCAAGAUUGAAUACAGGGCGCUAAGCCUUAUGAAUGACCUGCGAGAGCGGCAUUGUUCCAGACCGGUCGACAAGAUUUACGGCAUGCUUGGCCUACUUCGCCACACUGGCAAGGCAAUGCACAUCGUCCCAGACUAUCGCAAAAGCGUUGCAGAAGUCUAUACAGAGACUGUCCGCGAGCUCAUUCGCAGUGACCAAUCCCUGAGCGUAUUACUAUAUGUCGAUCAUCGGCCUGGGGACUUCCAAAGCAGCGCCGACCAAUUUCCGUCUUGGGUGCCUAGGUGGGAUCGACCGUUGGAUUUUAUGCAUGAUCCACAUUACAUGUUCCUGAAUGGUUCUGGCGCUGCUGCUGGCAUACCGGCAACGGUGAAAGAGACGAGCGAACCUGAAGGGCACAGCUCAAGCGUGCUGUCCGUCAAGGGUAUCAUGAUUGGGACUAUAGUGGAGACUGCGCCAGGUUUCACACCGCGCCCAGAUGAUGACCGUGUCUGCGAAAAUCCAAUGGAAGUGCUCACAGGAAUGGAACUAUUAUUCGAGCACGCCAAGCCGUCGCAAGCCAGUGUCUCCUGGGACUCGCAAGCCGCGAUUGCUAUGACUGUAUGUGCGGCGCACGAGGACCGCGGAAACCCUACCGAAUUCGACUCUCGGGCUGGGUACAUUCUGUUCAAGGAUCGUGUCCAGCAAGGAUUGAAAGUACCUGAUUUCUACGACAUUGACGAGAAGGCUCGCUCGUCACCAGCCGGAGAAGCAAGCAAAUUCCAGAGGGACACGAUACAAACGUGCCUCAACCGUAAGGCGUUCGUGACUGGCAAAGGGUAUAUUGGCUUGGGUCCAAGGUUCCUAAAGCCCGGCGAUGUCGUUGCAGUGCUGUAUGGGCUAGAAGUACCUGCAAUCCUGCGUCCUGUGGACAGCCACUACCUCUUCCUAGGCGAGGCGUACGUUUAUGGCAUCAUGGAUGGCGAGGCUGUCGAGAAUCGCGAAGCGUGGGGUUUGUCAGAAGAGUGGUUUGAGAUGUGGUGAGUAGACGUCCGCGUCUGCCUACGGCUUGGCGGUGCGGUGGCGAUUGUUCUUCGGUGGCCGGGGCGCGUCAGGUUCAUGGUAAGGCUGCUAGCAUAGGGCAUUGCUUCCAUGUCGUGUUGGAACCAGAAGGGGUACAGGCGAGUUUAGAGUCCUUGGUAUGAUGGGCAUAUGACAUCCCACAUCUACCAAGCCAGUCCAAUCAUUAUGACCGGCAGAGGUAGCUCAUGAUCGGAUAAGCUUGGGAAGGGAAAGGGAGGCCAAACUUAGCGUCAUGAAUCUGCGAAACACAUCUGAGCCUCAAUACUUUCACGGUAGAUAGCUCAUCCACCGCACUGUAUGAGUGGAAUUGGUAGGAAAUGUUAGAGCACCUGUAGCAUUGGAGACUGGCUCUCCGAUUGUGACAAGCGUGGCGACAUCGAAACAGUUGGCCUUCUGGAG